AUGUCACGAAUCGAUUUGAAAGGUUUUGGUGGAAGAUGUCUACCAAACGAUUUUGAUGAUUUUAAUUUUGAUGUUUUGUCUGAAGACGAUGAUUUGGAUGGUGAGCAGCCAAAUGAUAACAUCGAUGCAGUCAAUGAUGAAACUUUUGGGGUGGGUGUUGACGACAGUGUCUUGGAUGAUGAUCUUGAACAAUAUUCGAAACAAACAGCAGGUUUACAACUGGAUGAUGAAGCGCCGAAAUGGUUUGAUGAACCUACCUGUUCGGUAUCCGCUCCCCAUCCAUCUGAAUUACCAGCACCUCCAUUUGGAUUUAACUCAUUUCCUACAAUGGAUGUAUCUUCGUUUCACUCAAAAAAUUUCGGAGAUUUCAAAAUGCAACUCGGGACAACUGAUACGUUGUGGAAAAAUGUUGAUUCUACAACAUCGUUGGGUUGGAGUGGUCCAGAACUUUCGACACCGCAGCAGUCCUCCGCAUAUGACUUCAUAAAUAAGACAGUCCCAGACCAGUCCCAGAAGAGUUUUCUAACGGUGAAGAAUAUUAUACCGUCAGAAGGGUGUUCUGAUAAAAGUGAUGGUGUUCAUUCACUAGCAGCCUUACCAAAGAAUGCACUUACUCUCGAAGAAGUUGAAAGGAACCACGUCAUCAAUGCUACUAAACCAGCAGCAGAUGCAGCAUUAUUGCCUUUACCAUUAGCUGGUGCCGUAGCACUGGUUGAUUUGGAAAGGCAACUGCUAAUGAGAUCAUCAGGCCAAGUAACAGUUUCUACUCCCGAUGUUGAUCGAUCUGCAAGUGCUUUACCACCAGAUUCACGAAUCCCACCGAUGAUCCCCCCUCUGCCACCGCCACCUCUACUUCAGCGCUUGCCCUACCCUAUGUUACCUCCUUUCGCCAUGCAAAUUACAAGAGCUCAUCUGCUCGGUCAACUGCCAGAAUUACCACCUGGUUUUCCUCCGAUAACACCACAAAUGCGAGCAGCGAUUCUUUCAUUAGGACCACCACCUAUGAUGCGAAUGCCUUCACAUCCAAUGCUUCCACCGUUUCCUUUCAUGCAACAACCUUCCCAUAUAAUGUCAGGUCGACCAGCACUACCUUCAUAUUUGCCUUGUCCUCCGCAAGCUCAGAUGCAGUCACAUAUUCCUCAGGUAUCCCACCACAACAUGAGUCACAGUCGAGAACGUUCGAGCAAACUUACUGGUUUAGUAUCGAAUAAAACAAUUUCUGAUUUUGCAUUAUCUCCUUUUGCUGGCUUCGUUUCAAAGAAAGAGCGCAGUUGGCUUAUCAAAAUUCAGCAGUUGCAGUGCCAGGGAUGUGGCAAUCCAUACGAGGAUGAUUUUUACUACACAUCAUGGAGACAAAAGAAAAUGUCAUUGGAGAAGCACAGGCAAGAAUUGAAAGCGGAGAAUCAGGAAUAUGUGUGGGCCACAACAAAUUUGCACCAUUAUCAUUAUGUUCCGCCAACAUUUGCUGGUAGUUUAGGAAAGCCAACACUUUCCACUGUUAAUUAUCCGAGACAGCUGAUCGAUCUGUCAAGUGACUCACCGGACGAUGAUGAUAAGCUUUCAGUGAAGAGUAGUACAUCACAGAAAAAACUGCGAGCACUUCUUUUGCAGCUGGAAAAUAUCGCGUUAUUAAUUAUAGAAUGUGAUGAUAGACAUCGAAUACUGUGUGCUCCUUCACUUUCUCAGGAAAUUCAGGAAGAAUUGAAGAGUGAUGUCGAAAGUCGUAUGAAAACUAUAGUACAUACUCUGUGUUUGAACGGACGUCUGCAAGCUGUUUUGCUAAUUAAUAAAGGACGUCAAAUAUUUGCAAGAACAUUGUCAUUUGCUAGUGAACAGCAGCAGUUGCAUCUUCUUAAAAGCUUUUUUGCUGCUUUAUCAACGCUUGUCAAAAAGGUUCCAUCAAAUGAGAUGAAUGAAUCAUUGCUUGUGCCAAUAUUCAAGACAUUUUCUCACUUUUCAAAAAAUGCACUCACCAGUUUCAUUAAUGACUCGAAAUUGGUUUUUGGUAGCGAUAUAACUGUGAACCUGUUUACGACAAAUCUGCUCAUUUCAUUGUUGGUUUGUUGUUCACGUCAAAAUUGCUCUUUGGAUGCCUGUUUUUGCUCUACUACUUUGUCUUCACUAAUCCGACCAUGCUCACAGGAAAUUAAAUGUUCUUUGGAACAGUGUAUUGUUUUAACGUUAGCUGAUAUCAAAAUACUUGAUGCCUGGUCAGCUAGUAAUAUUACCGGUUAUCAUGGAUCAGCUGCAGAGAAACUUAUCCAAAAUUUGCAGCUUGCCUGUAGACUUCAGGGAUCGAAUAAUUGA